AACUUUUAUCUUUUAGUUUGUAACGUUUCUCAUAAACCAAAAUCGUUCGCCGCGUUCGAAAUCACUUUGAUGUCGCGAUAAACGCAACCUUACAGUCUGCGCAAUUAAACCAGCCGAAACCAACACACAUUCGCUCUUAACUACGCAACAGACAUAAAAAUACGUUGACUUUAUAUUCACUUUAUCACUCCUCCAACAUUCAACAAGCAAAAACGCAUUUCAAAAUCAGUCGCGCAGCGUGAGUCGCCAAAACUACACACUAGAAAAAGCAAGAAAAUGACCUUGACAAGUGUAAAAGUGCCUACAACUGCCUUCGCAGACCAAAAACCAGGCACUUCUGGUCUUAGAAAGAAGGUGAAAGUGUUUAUGCAGAAGCAUUACACCGAGAACUUCAUUCAGAGCAUUCUGAAUGUGCUUGGGGAGGCUUUACAAGGCUCUACGCUGAUUGUAGGAGGAGAUGGUCGAUACUUUUCGAAACAAGCCAUAAAUAUGAUUAUACGUAUCACAGCAGCCAAUGGAGUAAGAAAGUUAAUUAUUGGCAAACGCGGCAUUUUAUCAACACCAGCUGUGUCUAAUCUCAUCAGGAAGUAUAAAGUCCUUGGCGGGAUUGUACUGACUGCGUCGCAUAACCCCGGCGGUAUUAAUAAUGAUUUUGGUAUUAAAUAUAAUACGGAAAAUGGCGGCCCAGCGCCGGAUGCCUUUACGAAUGCUAUUUUUGAGCAGACUAAGACUCUGGCUGAGUAUAAGACAUGCGUGGAUUUAGAUUGUGACUUUCAAGAGAUUGGAGAGCAGAGUUUCAAGGUUGAUAAUCGAGAGUUUACUGUGGAUGUGAUUGACGCAGCGGAGGAUUAUGUGGUUUUAAUGAAGGAGAUUUUCGAUUUUGAUAAGUUGCGGGCGUUGAUUAAAGGACAGGAUGGGAAGGGAUUCAAUGUGUUGAUUGAUUCGAUGAAUGGAGUAACUGGCCCAUACGUGCAAAAAAUCUUCCUCGACGAAUUGAAAGCCGACCAAAACGCAGUAACCCGCAUUAUCCCCCUCGACAAUUUCGGUGAAAUCCACCCGGAUCCCAACCUCACUUACGCUAAGGAACUCGUCGACAAAGUGAAAGCAGACACCAAAUACGACUUGGGCGCUGCUUUCGACGGCGACGGUGAUCGUAACAUGAUCAUUGGCUCGCAAGCAUUCUUCGUAACACCCAGUGAUUCAUUAGCUGUCAUUGCCAAUAACCUCCAAUGCAUUCCGUACUUCCGUAAACAUGGCGUGCAUGGAUUUGCAAGGAGCAUGCCAACAGGAGCUGCAGUAGACAGAGUUGCAGCAAAAUUAAAGAAGGAAAUGUUUGUCGUACCCACCGGAUGGAAAUACUUUGGUAAUUUAAUGGACGCUGGCAGGUUAUCACUCUGUGGUGAAGAAAGUUUCGGUACCGGUUCGGAUCAUAUACGUGAAAAGGAUGGCGUAUGGGCGGUGUUAGCUUGGUUGUCUAUCAUCGAACAUAAAAAGAUGGGCGUUAAGCAGAUUUUGGAGGAACACUGGAAGGAAUAUGGACGUAAUUACUUCACAAGGUAUGACUACGAAGAGGUUGAAAGUGAAGCAGCUAACAAAAUGAUGACGCAUUUGAACAAUAUCAUCGCCAGUGGUGAACUUAUUGGGAAAACUUUUGAUAUUCAAGGGAAAUCUUUCAAGGUGAAGCUUACGGAUGACUUUUCUUAUGUUGAUCCUAUUGAUAAGAGUGUUACAAGGAAUCAGGGUCUUCGUAUUAUGUUUGAGGAUGGUUCCCGUCUAGUUUUCCGCCUUUCCGGAACCGGAAGUAGUGGUGCCACAAUUCGCCUCUAUGCUGAUUCCUACGAACAAACAAACGUCACGGCUGACGCCCAAGAAAUGCUCAAACCGUUGGUCCAAGUGGCUCUGGACGUCUCCAAACUUAAAGAAUUCACUGGCCGCCAAGAACCAACUGUCAUCACAUAAAAUGUACUCGUUACCAUGGUAACUAUGGUAAAAAUUAAUGCAAUAAGCAGCAAGUGCAUUUAUAUUUGUUACUUUUCUAAAUGUUAGUACUCUUUAUAUUGAUAUUUACGUAUUUACUUAAAAAAAAGCAAAAGAAACGAAGAUAUAACCUUAAAAUCGACGAAUUUGAGGUAUAGUUGUUAAUUGUUAGUGAAAUUUAAACAUUUUAUACUUGUUUUCGGUGAAGUUUACUAUUUUUUGAAGUUUUUAGUCAAAUUAUUAAUAAAAUAUUAAAUUUAGAA